AUGGACACGGAGGCGCACCUCACCGCCGGCUACUGUGCCGCCACCGGCACCUACAGCAGCCGCCACCCUCCACUCGCCACGGCCGACGCCGCCUCGUUCCCCGACUACCGCUUCCCGCGCCUGCUGACGUUUCCUCCUGACCGCCCGGCCUUCGUCGACGCGUCCACCGGCUCCACCCUCUCCUUCCCGGACCUGCGCACGCUCUCCCUCAAGGCAGCCGCCGCACUCUCCGCGCUGGGCCUCCGCCGCGGCCACGUCGCCCUCCUCCUCGUGCCCAGCUCGCUCCACUUCCAGGAUAAAGCCUCCAUGGAGGGGCCGGACAUCGCCAACAAUCCCAACAACAACCAGCAGAGCUUCCAGGAUAAAGCCUCCAUGGAGGGGGUGGCACCACAGGCGCAGUCAGCAUCCGACCAACAUGAUCAAAACGACGGGGAGCAUCACCAUGUGCCGAUGUGCGACCUCUCGCCGUCGCUGCACGGCAACGGCGACGGCGGCGUCGAGUCCUCCAACGAGCCGCCGACGUCGAUCUCCAUCGGGCGCCUUGUUCCGAGCACGGAGGCGAGGGUCGUGGACGUGGAGUCCGGCGAGUCCCUCCCGCCGAACCGCGUCGGCGAGCUGUGGAUCCGGGGGCCAAGCGUGAUGCAGGGCUACCUGCGCCGCGAGGAGGCCACGGCCGCGGCUCUGGUCACGGACGACGGCGGCCGCCGGUGGCUGCGCACCGGCGACCUCUGCUACGUCGACUCCCACGGCCUUGUCCACGUGGUGGACCGGAUCAAGGAGCUUAUCAAGUACAAGGCCUACCAGGUCGCGCCGGCCGAGCUUGAGGACGUCCUCGCCGCCCACCCAGAUAUCCGCGACGCCGCUGUUGCGCCGUAUCCCGACGAGGAGGCCGGCGAGAUCCCGAUGGCUUGCGUGGUGAGGAAACCAGGGAGCAACCAGCCGCAGGCGCAGGACGCCAUCUCCUUCGUUCAGAGCAAAGUGGCGCCGUACAAGAAGGUGAGAAAGAGUGGUGUUCGUCGACUGCAUCCCCCGGUCACCUUCCGGCAAGAUCCUUAGGGCACAGCUCAAGUCGUUCCUGUGUACAACGACAUGCCAAAUGCAUGGAGGAGCAGAGCUGCAAGCUGGGCCAACAGCAGCCCCAAACUGAUGGAGGUUUACUAAGGGCCUUCAUAAUAACUUUCCAAGGAUGAUGAUGAAUAAAGGUGACUUGCAUUCGUGGUGUACGAAGAUCUGUCUACCACUUGAAAUUUAACUUACGAUAUAACAUGUAUACGUACACAAUUUGUCUUUCUCCA